AUGGCGUGUGUUGAACCAUGUAGCAUCGGCGUGUUUGAGGCUGGCUACAUGGCGAAAACCAAGGGCGAGGUGCUAAAGUUUUUCAUUAAUCACGGGGUGUUGAAGGACGUGAUAGUGUGUCGGUGCGGAAAUACCCUUAAAAUGGACGGAAAGAUGACUUUCAGGUGCAACAAAAUGGUCUUAAGGAAGAAACGUGCUCCUAAAAAGUGCGGAUUUUGUAUAUCGGCGAGGAAGGGUACUUUUCUCGAGAACUCCAAAUUGGCGAUAGACAAAAUCUUUCUUCUCGUGAACCUUUUGUUGAACUGGAGGCCACCGCGUCAGGAAGCCGCUUUAGAAGAGCUUGGGAUAUCUUCUACUACGAUGGUCGACUGGUACAGUUAUUGUAGAGAAGUGUUUAUUAGCUUCGCUAUUAACAACUCUACAAAACUAGGGGGUCCUGGUUCGAUCAUUGAAAUCGAUGAGGCCAAAUUCGGUAAGCGAAAAUUUAACAAAGGCAGACUUUUCCGGGGCCAAUGGAUUUUCGGAGGAUAUGAGCGAAGCACUGGGAACUUUUUCGUUAUUCCUGUCGAAAGAAGGGAUGCCGAUACUUUGCUUGGAAUAAUUCGCGAUUGGAUCCUUCCUGGUACAACUAUAUAUAGCGACUGCUGGAAAGCCUACAAUUGUUUGGCCCAUGAAGGAUUCCAUCAUCAAACUGUGAAUCAUUCCAAACAUUUUGUCGAUCCCGAAACUGGAACACACACCAAUCACAUCGAGAGGUUAUGGCGCGAAGUUCGCAGUAAUAUCCCCAAAUAUGGCGUCAAGGAAGCUCACUUUGUUGGAUAUCUUGCCGAAUUUUACUUCAAGAGGAGAUAUCCCAAACGCCUGGAGAGGAUGCACCACUUUUUCAAAGCGGCUUCGGAGCUUUACCCGCCGGCAUACUAA